GCAAAUUUCAAAAGCGAAUGAAAUGGAAGCAAAACAAAGUGAAAACAAGCAACCGCCAGCAAUGUAGGCUCAGCAUAAAAAAUCGAAAAAAACAAGCAGUUGGCGCGACGACACAGCACGCUCCGGCUCGAUGGCUGGCUAGCUGGUUGCAUGGCUCGUCGGUUGCUUGGCUGACAAAAUCAUUCCAAAUGACGGUUGGCAGGCUGGCACUGGCGAGCGAAAAAUAAACUCAACAAAGGAAAAAAAGAAAUGAGUACCGCAGCAGCGCACUACCGCAACGCAAUAGCAGACAAAAACAAAAACAAAAAAACUAAAAGCUCCCAAUGGAAACGGAAAAAAUCAGCAAACAAAGUGAGCGAACAGGCAAGUAAAAAAUGCUAGAGCAAGUGUGUGCGUCUUUGAGUGGCGCUGUGGCAGGGUAGGUGCGCACCAAUGUGGCGAAAAAGUGAAGCAAAAAGAAUAAAAGGUAAAACACAAAUGCAAUGAAGUGACAAAAAAGUCAAAGACAAAGAAAAACGCGGGAGACAGCAAAAUUAAAACGCUUUGGCGACUGUUGGGUAGCUAACUGCCGGUGUUGGCAAUCACCAACAAGCGCAGUAGUGGCGUUUUUCGUGACGUUAUCGACAUACACACCCAUUCAAACAGCAGAGAAUUUAUGUGCGAUCCAACGAAACGAACAAGAAGAAGCACGCAAAAGGAAAUUACUACGACGUCGCCGCCAAUAGCGAGAGGUGAUGGCGACGAAUCAACGCGAAAAUUGCCCAGCAAGCCGACUGUCCAUUAGGCAAAUAAGAAAUAAAAGUAAAAAGAGCAACGCAACGACCCAACUGAAUGGAUGACUGCCUGGCUGGCUCGCUGGCUUGGUGGCCUGCCGACUGGUUCAUUGGCAGCGCAAGCAAACGACGACUUCAAUGGCACAUUAUUCUUAUUUGCCAAUAAGCGACUGAAUGUAAAUAGGAAUGGCGAUGUAUGCACAUCUAUGUGCGAAUGUCUGUAUGCAUGUGUGUACAAAUGCCAUAUAUUUAAUGACUGGCUGGCUAGCACGCAAGCAGGAGAGCAGUGGCGGCUGCUUGAGCGGCGUUCGCUAUGGUGGCGGCGUUGAUGAUGACAAUGACGAUGGUAAAUAACGCUUGGCAACGCGCAACAGCAGAAACACCAACAACAAGAAGCGAAUGAACAAUAACCAGCAUUAAAACUGCUGUGGCAGCGACGGCUGGCCAAGCUUGUUGGCAAAGCCAUCUCAAAGCAACAGAGCGGCAACACGGCACGUAUUUUCGCCAGCGCAAGCAGUCAGGCGAAGGAAGUUCGAGUGUGCAAUGUGCAUGCGCGAGGGGGUUUGGAUGAGGUAUGAAAGAGCGGCAAGCAAAAGCGUAGUGAAAAAGGAAAACAGAAACGCGAAAAGCUUUUCGCAGACAAAAAUGGAGGAGGGGAACAACACAUGACCGCAUGGGCACAUGACGAACAGGCAGACGGAUAAGCAGAAUGUGGGGAACGGCUGCCGCAGUCACGGCGUGCAAAUUACGGUUGACGACGGCACACCAAUAAUCACAGCAACACAAAUGGCCUCGUUGUCCCGAGCAGGGUGAUCUAAGCUAAGGCUGCGUAGGCCGAGGGAAGCAAUGGAAGCAAGGGUUGAGACGCAAUCACUGAAGCCUAACCGCACAGAAAUGUUGCUCCUGACUAUGGCUGCUAUAGCUGAGACUGGUGGUGGCUAGUAUCGUUCUGGCCGCAACGUUGCCAAAUGGAUGGCAGUAAAAAUGCGUUGAGUUUUGCUGUUGAGCAGAAAACGGGGCGCAUAAAAUCGCAAAACGCAAUUCAGUUUGUUUCUAUUUUUAUAUUUUUUAUGGUUAUUAUGUAUUUUUUUCGACUCAAACAUUCCCUUUUUGCACACAUAUGUUACAGCUGGCAUUCUCGACAGCAGCCAGGCGCGCUACUGAUAAACCUGUGGGGGGGUUUAUAGCGAAAGCGUAUUACACACGACCAUGGCAUAUGAAUGUAUGUAUGCAUUGAAAUGCACACACGCAAUAUUAAAAUAGCGCUCGCAGCAGAAGCCAACCAGCCAUUAAGAGCGAAACGAAGCAAAAAUGCUAUAGUUGUGGGGCAUGAUGAAGUAGAAUGGAGUGACCGGUCAGCCUGUCACUGGAUGAAAGUAGGAUCCGAUGGGUGUUGUUUUUAUUGUAAUCGCACAUUGUAUAUUACUGACUAGCAACGUGAUGAUGGUGAUGGUGAUAACGAUGAUGAAGUAGCAGCACACAACCGCCUGACGAACGGCGAAAUGAAUCGUGAAGCCAGACACUGUUUCAACGCGGCAUAUGACGAACUGAUACACAUACAUACAUAUGUAUGUACAUUCAUAUAAACACAUAACACAUGCCAAUAUAUUGCAGCUUAUAUGCCCAUAAAAUUAAUAGCUCUCCGAGGAGAGUGCACAUGGGUCAGUGCAAGGUAGAGGGCGAUUUGACUAGUGUCGGCUUUUCGGCAAACCGACUGCAGAUACGAGCCGUUAUAUUCGGUCAACGCGUAACACUCGCGCAAAACGCCAACGGUUGCGGUUGGGCAGAUAGGAAACUCAAAUACGUGUAUUGGGACGUUGUUGCGAAUGCAGAUGAUAUUGCGAACGGAAGUGGGCGAGUUGAAGAGUGUGUUGUUUUCCACCAUAAUGAAGACAAUGAUCCUAAACACACUCCGAAAAUUGUUAAAGAAUGGAUGCUUUAUCACAUAUCCAUGCAAUUGGAUCACCUCAUAUUCACUGGACCUCAAUCCCAUCGCGCAUAUAUUGGAUCACGACCAAACUAGAAAAAGAACGAUCAGCAGGAAGGACAUGCUCAAAGAAGUUAUUGUAGAAGAAAGGCGAAAAAUUUUACCGGAAGUAACAGGAAAUCUCAAUUCAAUGCCGCGUCGUUUACAAGCUCUAAUUAGCACACAAGUAAUAAAAUAUGUUUCCAUCACUUAUUGUUCUUUUCUUUUAAGUCUUCUGUUCUUAACUUUUGUUGUUGUAAGAAUUCUGUUUUUCUUUUCCAUAAACUUGAAGACUAUUAAAUACCAUUUAAAAGGAAUAUAAAUUGCUGCAAUAUAUCACUUAUCAAAUACUGAA